AAACUAUUUUACCUAGUAUGAAUAUCAAGGCAAUUAAUGAAGAAUGGUUUUAUGAUGACAUAACAACAAGAGGAGUUUCGUUUGAUGGGUUUCUUCCACAAGCGUGCAAGACGCCUUUAGGAAAUAUACCUUUAGGAAAUACGCCGGAAUUCGAGCUGAUUCAUACACCAGAGAAAAUGGCAGAUUUCCAGAACAACGAUUGGUAUCGCAAGAAUUGGAAAUUAGGAGACACAAUGUUGACCUUCUCCCCUCUGCAACCGGAUAAACAUAUAUUGGUUGAUGCUUAUCGAAAGGAGAUGGCUAAAAUCUUGUCUUGUCCUUGUGAUUCAAAAUGUUGUAAACAUGAUGCUUCGUGUGGUGCUUGGCCUACCCGGGGAUCUUGCCGAGGGCUGAGCACUCUUUGCGAAGAUGUGUCUCGUUAUGGGGAUGUGUUGACCGGCAGUAACGUCUUGGACGAUGGGAAAAUUUAUGAUGUCAAAAAGGAAAUUUAUCGUUUAACAGACCGUGUAUUUGCUGCACUGGCGAAAUGUUAUGAAGUUGAUGCAAGCGGAACUUUUGCCAUACUUGACGAACUUUACAGGAGGGAAAUAAUUUCGUCGGAAGCAAGAGAUAAUUUUGCAAGUGCUGCGGCCAUUGCAAUCAAGCUAAGAAUAAGUACGUACCUUAAAGCUGGAAAACAAGGGGAACAGCUCAUGGCAAGUUCAAACGAAGAAACAGGGAAGUUUACUUCUGUUUACUAUAUGCCAAAUAAUGAAGAACUGUUUCACUUUUUCUUUAUUGCCAUUCCUUUGUAUGAAGAGUUACAAAAGUUCAAGGCAGCCGGAAACAUACCGCCGUCGCUUACACACAGUUCAUUCUAUGACGAUUCUGACGUCACGAUGGGUCAUAUAUAUUGUCGCUUGUUAAACUACGACGAAGCUCUAAAAUGCUACGACCGUACUCUUCAAUUGGAUUCAGAAAACCUGAGUAUUGAAAUUCGUCGAAUAAGUAUUGCACUUUGUAUUACAAAGGACACAGAAGAGAUGGAUAAGAUUCGAGAAAAUUUGGAUAACUUGUUGUGUAAGAUAGACCAAAGUUGGUCCAAGCCGCAUCGGGAAACCACAACAUUUGUCAAUCGCUUGGAUUUCGAGGAAAUGCGGCAAUUGCUAGAAGUAUUGUCUUUGGCUUCCUUGUUUCUUGAUUGUCCCAAAUAUUCUGAAUUGGCACGAAACAUUCUGUUCCAAGAUAGCACUGUAAGGGAAUACAGUGGUGGAAGAACUGAUGAAUUUGCCUUUAUGGUAAUCUCGAUGGUACCCGGGGGUUCUGAUCAGCAGGACCUAACUGACAGGGUAACUUCUGAAAUGCCAUCUUUAAUUGACGAAGAAGGUGUGAGCACUAAAAGUAUUCGGUGGUUAAAUAUGCUUGGUGAGUUUCUAUUUAAAAUGCAUAAACCUGACAAGGCUUAUCGUUGUUUUCAAAGAGCAUUGAGUAUGGAGCGCCUCCUUUACCAAACCAAACCAAACAUGAAUAUGAUGACAUCUUUAUAUUCUCUUGGGACGACGUCAUUCUACUUGUCGAUGUAUAACGAAAGCAAGUUUUACUUCGAAUCGUUUGUGCGACUAUUUGAAUCAUUAGGUAGACCUAGCGUUGGAUUAAUAGACGUUAAGAUAGCUUAUUGGCACUUGGCGAUGGUGAGCCAGGAAUUGGGAAAUUCUGCGGAGGAAUGUGUGUGUUACGUCGAGAAAGGUUUAAAGGCAACCACAGGAAGCCAAAAUGAUACAGAAUUAUGUUUAGAUUGUGUCCUCCAUUGUCAGUUAGCGAUUGCAUGGCAUACUCAACACAACCAAGAGCAAGCUUGGAAGUCUGCUUUGGAAGGAAAAGCUUGCUUGAGAAAAAUUGUUGGAGUAAAUAAAAGGGCAAGUACGACUUGUGCCGUUGCUGAGAAGUUGGCUAAAAUACAGAAAGUAAACGAAGGAAUUGAAAUAUUGCAGGAAGAAGUUCAAAAACUGACUUCCCAGUUUCAAACGGAAGAAAAGGCCUCGUGUCUAAUGAAGCUUGGUGAAAUUUGUUUUGAGCAAGGUUUGGCAUCAGAUGCUGAGAAUUAUUACAAACAAGCGCUAGAGGUUUUGGUUGAAAUGCAGGAUAAUGAAGAUAGUUUUGACAUCUUGGAGUGUAAUAUUGGCAUUUCAAAAGCCAUUAUGAUGGAUAACAGAGUGUCUGAAGCAAAAAUAGCUUUGAAUCAAGCUUUCAUUUUAACCAAAAAAUUGCAUGCAAGUUUUCAAAAAAUGAAUCUUUUUUGGGAUAUGGGAACAUUUUGCGAAAAUCGUGGUUACAUCAGUUGUGCUCGACAAUGGUUUGAUGAAGGCUUAAGAUCGUACACAGAGCUAUCGAACGUCGCCAAAAAAAACAAAAAAACCGCCUUUUUAGAGGUUGGAUUAGAGCUGCAGGUUGGAAAGUUGGCUAAGAAGGCUUGUGCUAUUGACUCAGUCAACCCUGAAAUUGCGAUGCAGGUUCAGCGAAGUUAUUAUGAUCGCGCGGCUGAAACAUUACGGCAACAUGUACUUACCGAACAAGUUGACUCGAUGACUCUUAACAUGUUUUUAUUAGUUGCUGUGGAGUACAGGUCAGUAGACGAAAGUGAAGCGAUAAGACUUUUGUUGCAAGCUUUGGAUGUUAGUGAAAAAGUUUACGGAAAAAAUAAAUCAAAUGAGAUGGUCAUCAAUAUAUUUAAAGAGCUUUCUCGCACCUACUUCGAUACAGAAGAUUUGAAAGCCUGUAUAAAAUAUUCAGAGCUUCUAAUAAAGAUGAAGAUGGAUCUGCAUUUAUCAAACCCUUUUCUUGAACUUAUUUCCGAGAAUUUGAUGAUGUUGGCCUUUUCAUCCUUGCAAUAUUCCGUUAGUAUUGAUACUGUCCAACGUGCUUACGAAUUUCUUUUAUCUGCUCAGAAGGACAAGGCUUCAACAGACAAUACCGCAACUGCCAGAUGUUUUACCUGUCUAGGUAUAUUAUUCUACACUUUAGGUGACUUGAAAAAAGCCGAGACUUCAAUCGAGGUGGCAAGUCAGUUAUUUAGCGAAAUUCAGGAAAGUGUUGAAAGAAAAAAACUACCGUUCGAAGCAACUUGCGACAUCAUGAAAGUAAUAUUAUCAUCGAAGAAGAUAUUACCGUUAGAUAAGAAAAAACUUUACGAAUCUGUUUGGGAAGCAUUUGUUGCUUUGCGGCGAGAAGCUACCUUGGCUGAAGACUCAAAAACUUUGGAGAACUGUAGCAAUGGUCGAGAAAAUGUACAAUUGUUCAUUCCAAGUCCCGAUGAUGUGAAGCGUCGAGAAAUUGACUUUUCAGAUCUGACUGUAGAAGGAAAACAACUUGUACUGCGUACUCACUUAGACGCUCUUGAGUAUAAGCGGAGGAAAGGCAAUGUCCAUCAGGCUGCAAAAAUACACACUUCUGUUGAAGCUGAUGAGUUAUCUUUGUAUGAAAACUGUCCCUAUGAUGCUGUUGAAAAGCUAAUCAGCGACGCGAUCAGAGCAAAAGAAGACAAUGGACCUAGUAGUGGUAUUAGAUCUUUCGAUCUUGCUUUACAGCUGGCAUCUACCUGGAAACAAAAGACCAAGAUUCUUAAAUUGCGUGCGGAAUGUUAUUUAUCAAGGGACGAUUUCCGAACCGCUGCAAUUAAUUUCAAUGAAGCUGUUCGCGUUUAUUCUAACAGGACAGUAGAAAAUCGUGAUGACCUGUGUGAAUAUUCAAAAGUGGCAAUUGGUUUAAUAAAAACCGAAAUGCUUUGCCAGAAUGUAGCAGGUGCAUGGCAUAGAUAUCGCGAGGCAAUGAAACUGGUGUCUCAUCAUGAACAUGAACUUCUGCAAGUGAUAGAGUUGCAUUACCUUGGAGCAAAGUGCUUGUAUAUUUUGUCAAAAAAUGUAGAAAGUAAAGAUGAUGAGCUUGCCAAAGUAUGCUUUUUGUGUCAACAAGCUCUUUUGCUCCACAACGAACACGAACAAAUGAGAGAAACCUUGGAACUUGAAGAACUUAAGAUUUUGGUUUGUGAAGUGUGUCUGCUGUUCGUGGCCGUUUUACGAAAGUUACAUGAAGAAGAAAAAGCAGAUACAAUUUUGGAAGGGGUGGCGGAACAUUUAAUAAAUGGCGCCGACCAACUUGAAUCUGAACCUGCAUUUCGAAAAAUAUUUCCAAAAUCAUUUCGUCGCCUAUUUUCAGAUAUUGGUCGAGUGUUAGUUGAGCGUGAUGAAAUAAAGCAAUCUAUAACUUGGCUGAGUAAGGCACUCGGGGUGUUUUUCUCGGCUGCUCUUCCCGAUAUGUUGUCAUUUUAUGAAGAAUUACUUCCUUUGCUGCAGGCAAUAACGGUUACUAAAUCCAGUGAUGCUAGUCACGAAAGUCGCUCUCCAUUUCAACAAGCUCUUGAUAUGUGCAAAGACGUGUUGGUAGAGCACGGCAAUGAUUUAAACAACAUCUACGAGUUUUUAAAAACUUUGGCAAGUCUCUACAUGGGCCUUGGGCGCACUGAAGAAGCAAUUGUUGUAGCAGAAACUGGUUUGGAAAUAUGCCAUUUGAUGGGGGAUAACAAUGUCACUGAUCGAAUAAACAUUCGCGGCAGAAUGCUACUUUAUCUGGCCCAAAUGCACCAACUAAAUUCAACUAACUCGGCCUUUGAUAGAAAUAAGGAGCUAAAUCUUGCAGAACGGUAUUACCUUACCGAUCAAGACUCGGAAUUUGUACUUCAAAAGAAUCUAAGCUACGCCAACUUUCUAUGUGGACAAAAGCGUUUUGCGGAGGCUGAUGCUGUGCUUCAGGAUAUGAGCAAUUUAGGCAAAGAAUUGUCGGAUAAGUCUGUGUAUUGUGCCUAUUUUUCACGUGUCUUUUAUGGUCUCGGCAUACAGAAAAGCGUCCAAGUUGACGGCGAGCUAUUGUCAACUGUUGAACAUUGUAUGUACAGCACAAUGGUCCGAGUGUUUGUUGGAUUGGGAAAGAGAAGAGAAGCAGUAGCUGCGUGCGAGAAGUUGACAGCUAACCCAGUAGUUGUUCAUGAUUCAAUUCACGGGAAACGUCCUUCCAGUAUCCCAUACCUUAUCGAAGCCUGUCAUCGCGAGUUGUUGUCUCUUUUGAGUGACGAAGACCAAAAACAACUUCAGAAUUGUGAAUUUCCGUUAUCUCCAGCAAAUAUUUUCAAAUUGUAUUACAUGCUUAACCAAUACUCCUUGGCACUGAAAUACUACACGAACGAGACACAAUCACCCGACUUGAUCGAAAUGAAAAUUACAUGCUUGCGCUUAGCUGGAAAUGAGUUAGUGGAAAUGGAUAGAGGAAAAGAAUCACUUUCAUACUUCACGCAAUUUCUUGCAAUGCUUCAAACUAAAGAGGGAUUUCUGGACAAGCCCUUUCAUGUUCAAUGCGCAACCUUUGCAGGAUAUUCUUCUGCAAAUCAAUAUUAUAUUUUCCGCUCUUUGGGACGAAUAAUGGGGCGCGAAAGAGGGAAUCUUGAUGGUGCAAUUCAGUGUUAUGAACGAUGCCUUGAGCUGGAUGAAGAUUUGAUUCUUGACCAAAGCCUUGUGGCAGUCCUGGCUGGGCUUUAUCAAUCGAAAGCGUUAACAGUUGACAUAGAAAACCAAGAUUCCUGCAAACGACAGAUGAACCGUGCUCUUGAUUUGUUCCAGAAGCUGUUUCAAAAGACUGCCGAAUUGACACCAUUUGUAGAAUACUCGUUUGGGUCACUUUUGUUGAAAUUGGAACGAUAUCAUGAAGCUGUUGAACAUUUUGAAAAUGUUAUUAAAUGGGCAAGUAACAUAGUUGUGGUGAAUUGUACGGACGUAGACAAGCCGUUGUUCGACGUUUACCUUCGUUGUGAAAUUGAAGUUAGAGGCAGUAUUGACAUCCCACUGAGAGUCCAAGCUUCCUACGAGUUAAUUUUAACGUAUAUGAAAUUGAAUGAAAUGGGAAAAGCCCAAGAAGUUGCGCUUCGAUUGGAGGAUUAUGUUGACAUUUUUAAACGCAUUCCGGACACUUCUCUGUUUUCUCUGUUUCUGUCUAUUGUAGGAUAUGCCAACAAACUAAUUGGAAACAUCGAAAAAGCCGCGGAGAUAUUCGUUUCGGCAUUGGAGAUCAUCCCGGGACAUUUAUGCAGCACAAUGGUCCGAGUGUUUGUUGAAAUGGGAAAGAAAAGAGAAGCAGUAGCUGCGUGCGAGAAGCUGACAGCUAACCCAGUAGUUGUUCAUGAUGCAAUUGACGGGAAACGUCCUUCCAUUACCCCAUACCUUAUCGAAGCCUGUCAUCGCGAGUUGUUGUCGCUUUUGAGUGACGAAGACCAAAAGCAACUUCAGAAUUCUGAAUUUCCGUUAUCUCCAGCAAAUAUAUUCAAAUUGUAUUACAUGCUUAACGAAUACACCUUGGCACUAAAAUACUACACGAACGAGACGAAAUCAGCCGACUUGAUGGAAAUGAAAAUUUCAUGCUUGUACUUAGCUGGAAAUGAAUUAGUGGAAAUGGAUAGAGGAGAUGAAUCACAUUCAUACUUCACGCAAUUUCUUGCAUUGCUUCAAACUAAAGAGGGAUUUCUCGACAAGCCCUUUCAUAUUCAAUGCGCAAUCCUUGCAAGAUAUUAUUUUGCAAAUCAAUAUUACAUUUUCCGCUUGUUGGGACGAAUAAUGGCAUGCGAAAGAGGGAAUCUUGGUGGUGCAAUUCAGUGUUAUGAACGAUGCCUUGAGCUGGAUGAAGAUUUGAGCCUUGACCAAAACUUUGUGGCAACCCUGGCUGAUCUUUAUCAAUCAAAAGCCUUAACAUGUGACAUAGAAAACCAUGAUUCCUGCAAACGACAGAUGAACCUUGCUUUUAAUUUGUUCCAGAAGCUGUUUCAAAAGACUACCGAAUUGACACCAUUUGUAGAAUGCUCGUUUGGAUCACUUUUGUUGAAAUUGGAACGAUAUCAUGAAGCUGUUGAACAUUUUGAAAAUGUUAUUAAAAGAGCGGGUGACUUAUCUAUGGGCUGUACGGACGUAGCCAAGCCGUUGUUCGACGUUUACCUUCGUCGUGAAAUUGAAGCUAGAGGCUGUAUUACCAUCCCAUUGAAAUUCCAAGCUUUCUACGAGUUAAUUUUAACGUAUAUGAAAUUGAAUGAAGUGAGAAAAGCCCAAGAAGUUGCUCUUCAAUUGGAGAAGUACGUUGAACUUUUUCAAUCAACUCCAGAGUUUCCUCUGGCUCUGUCUACUGUAGGAUAUGCCAACAAACUAAUUGGAAACAAAGAAAAAGCCGCGGAGAUAUUCGUUUCUGUGUUGGAAAUCAACCCGGGACAUUUAUGCAGCACAAUGGUCCGAGUGUUUGUUGAAAUGGGAAAGAAAAGAGAAGCAGUAGCUGCGUGCGAGAAGCUGACAACCAACCCAGUAGUUGCUCAUGAUGCAAAUCGCGAGAAACGUCCUUCCAGUAUCCCAAACCUUAUCGAAGCCUGUCAUCGCGAGUUGUUGUCUCUUUUAAGUGAUGAAGACCGAAAGCAACUUCAGAAUUGUGAACUUCCGUUAUCUCCAGCAAAUAUUUUCAAAUUGUAUUACAUGCUUAACGAAUACACUUUGGCACUAAAAUACUACACAAACGAGACGCAAUCACCCGAGAUGAUCGAAAUGUGCAGGACAAUGUUUCGAGUGUUUGUUGAAAUGGGAAAGAAAAGAGAAGCAGUCGCUGCGUGCGAGAAGCUGACAACCAACCCAGUAGUUGUUCAUCAUGCAAUUGACGGGAAACGUCCUUCCAGUAUCCCAUACCUUAUCGAAGCCUGUCAUCGCGAGUUGUUGUCUCUUUUGUGUGAUGAAGACCGAAAGCAACUUCAAUUGCAAAGUUGUGAACUUCCGUUAUCUCCAGCAAAUAUUUUCAAAUUGUAUUACAUGCUUAACGAAUACACCUUGGCACUAAAAUACUACACGAACAAGACGCAAUCACCCGACUUGAUCGAAAUGAAAAUUUCAUGCUUGCGCUUAGCUGGAAAUGAAUUAGUGGAAAUGGAUAGAGGAAAUGAAUCACAGUUAUACUUUUUCGGAUUUCUUAGAAUGCUUCAAACUAAAGAGGGAUUUCUGGACAAGCCCUUUCGUGUUCAAUGCGCAUCGCUUGCAGGAUUUUCUUAUGCAAGUCAAUAUUACAUUUUCCGCUCGUUGGGAGAGAUAAUGGCAGGCGAAAGAGGGAAUCUCGGUGGUGCAAUUCAGUGUUAUGAACGAUGCCUUGAAUUGGAUGAAGAUUUGACCCUUGACCAAGACCUUGUGGCAAACCUGGCUGAACUUUAUCAAGUAAAAGCGUUAACCGGUGACAUAAAAAACCAAGAUUUCUGCAAACGACAGAUGAACCUUGCUCUUGAUUUGUUUCAGAAGCUGCUUCAAAAGACUGCCGAAUUUACACCAUUUGUAAAAUGUUCGUUUGGGUCGCUCUUGUCGAAAUUGGAACGUUAUCAUGAAGCUAUUAAACAUUUUGAAAAUGUUAUUGAAAGAGCAGAUGACAAAAAACUUAUGGACUAUACGGGCGUAGUCAAGCCGUUGUUCGACGUUUACCUUCGUCGUGAAAUUGAAGCUAGCGGCAGCAUUACUAUCCCAGUGAAAGUCCACGCUUUCUACAAGUUAAUUUUAAUGUAUAUGAAAUUGAAUAAAGUGGGAAAAGCCCAAGAAGUUGCGCUUCGAUUGGAGAAUUAUGUUGAACGUUUUCAAUGCACUCCAAAUAGUUAUCUGGCUCUGUCUAUUGUAGGAUAUGCCAACAAACUAAUUGGAAACAAAGAAAAAGCCGCGGAGAUAUUUGUUUCGGUAUUGGAGAUCGUCCCGGGACAUUUAUGCAGCACAAUGGUCCUGGUGUUUGUUGAAAUGGAAAAGAAAAGAGAAGCAGUAGCUGCGUGCGAGAAGCUGACAGCCAACCCAGUAAUUGUUCAUGAUGCAAUUGACGAGAAACGUCCUUCCAGAUACCUUAUUGAGGCCUGUCAUCGCGAGUUGUUUUCGCUUUUGAGUGACGAAGACAAAAAAACUCUUCAGAAUUGUGAAUUUCCGUUAUCUCCAGCAAAUAUUUUCAAAUUGUAUUACAUGCUUAACGAAUAUACUUUGGCACUAAAACACUACACGAACGAGACGCAAUUACCCGAGAUGAGCGAAAUGUGUAGGACAAUGUUCCGAGUGUUUGUUGAAAUGGGAAAGAAAAGAGAAGCAGUCGCUGCGUGCGAGAAGCUGACAGCUAGCCCUGUAGUUGUUCAUGAUGCAAUUGAUGGGAAACGUCCUUCCAUUACCCCAUACCUUAUCGAAGCCUGUCAUCGAGAGUUGUUGUCUCUUUUAAGUGACGAAGACCAAAAACAACUCCAGAAUUGUGAAUUUCCGUUAUCUCCAGCAAAUAUAUUCAAAUUGUAUUACAUGCUUAACGAAUACACCUUGGCACUGAAUUACUACACAAUCGAGACGCAAUCACCCGACUUGAUCGAAAUGAAAAUUUCAUGCUUGCGUUUAGCUGGAAAUGAGUUAGUGGAAAUGGAUAGAGGAAAUGAAUCACUUUUAUACUUCAUGCAAUUUCUAAGAAUGCUUCAAACCAAAGAGGGAUUUCUCGACAAGCCCUUUCAUACCCAAUGCGCAACUCUUGCAGGGUACUCUUUUGCGAAUCAAUAUUACAUUUUCCGCUCGUUGGGACGAAUAAUGGGGCGCGAAAGAGGGAAUCUUGAUGGUGCAAUUCAGUGUUAUGAACGAUGCCUUGAGCUGGAUGAAGAUUUGAGCCUUGACCAAAGCCUUGUGGCAACUCUGGCUGAGCUUUAUCAGUCAAAAGCGUUAACAGUUGACAUAGAAAACCAAGAUUCUUGCAAACGACAGAUUAGCCUUGCUCUUGAUUUGUUUCAGAAGCUGCUUCAAAAGACUGCCGAAUUGACACCAUUUGUAGAAUGCUCGUUCGGGUCACUUUUGUCGAAAUUGGGACGUUAUCAUGAAGCUGUUGAACAUUUUGAAAAUGUUAUUAAAAGAACGGAUUACUCAUUCAUGGGCUCUAAGAUAGGGGGCGUAUUCAAGCCGUUGUUCGACGUUUACCUUCGUCGUGAACUUGAAGCUAGAGGCAGCAUUACCAUCCCAGUGAAAGUCCAAGCUUUCUACGAGUUAAUUUUAAUGUAUAUGAAAUUGAAUGAAGUGGAAAAAGCCCAAGAAGUUGCGCUUCGAUUGGAGAAUUAUGUUGAACUUUUUGAAAGCACUCCAGAGAUUUCUCUGUGUCUUUCUAUUGUAGGAUAUGCCAACAAACUAAUUGGAAACAAAGAAAAAGCCGCGGAGAUAUUUGUUUCGGCAUUGGAGAUCAUCCCGGGACAUUUAUGCAGCAUAAUGGUCCGAGUGUUUGUUGAAAUGGGAAAGAAAAGAGAAGCAGUAGCUGCGUGCGAGAAGCUGACAGCCAACACAGUAGUUGCUCAUGAUGCAAUUGACGAGAAACGUCCUUCCAUUACCCCAUACCUUAUCGAAGCCUGUCAUCGCGAAUUGUUGUCUCUUUUGAGUGACGAAGACCAAAAGCAACUUCAGAAUUGUGAAUUUCCGUUAUCUCCAGAAAAUAUUUUCAAAUUGUAUUACAUACUUAACCAAUACACCUUGGCAUUGAAAUGCUACACAAAUGAGAUGAAAUCACCCGACUUGAUCGAAAUGAAAAUUUCAUGCUUGCGCUUAGCUGGAAAUGAAUUAGUGGAAAUGGAUAGAGGAAAAGAAUCAGAUUUAUACUUCACGCAAUUUUUUGCAAUGCUUCAAACUAAAGAGGGAUUUCUGGACAAGCCCUUUCAUACCCAGUGCGCAACCCUUGCAGGAUAUUCUUUUGCAAAUCAAUAUUACAUUUUCCGCUCGUUGGGAGAGAUAAUGACACGCGAAAGAGGGAAUCUUGGUGGUGCAAUUCAAUGUUAUGAACGAUGCCUUGAACUGGAUGAAGAUUUGACCCUUGACCAAAGCCUUGUGGCAGUCCUGGCUGUCCUUUAUCAAUCAAAAGCGUUAACAGUUGACAUAAAAAACCAAGAUUCCUGCAAACGACAGAUGAACCUUGCUCUUGAUUUGUUUCAGAAACUGCUUCAAACGACUGCCGAAUUGACACCAUUUGUAGAAUGCUCGUUUGGGUCACUUUUGUCGAAAUUGGAAGGUUAUCAUGAAGCUGUUGAACAUUUUGAAAAUGUUAUUAAAAGAGCAGAUGACGAAGCUUUGGUCUCAGUUAUAGUCUAUACGGACGUAGACAAGCCGUUGUUCGACGUUUACCUUCGUCGUGAAAUUGAAGCUAGUGGCAGUAUUACCAUCCCAAUAAAAGUCCAAGCUUUCUACGAGUUAAUUUUAAUGUAUAUGAAAUUGAAUGAAGUGGGAAAAGCCCAAGAAGUUGCGCUUCGAUUGGAGAAUUAUGUUGAAGGUUUUCAACGCACUCCAAAGACUUAUCUGACUCUGUCUAUUGUAGGAUAUGCCAACAAACUAAUUGGAAACAAAGAAAAAGCCGCGGAGAUAUUUGUUUCGGUAUUGGAGAUCAUCCCGGGACAUUUAUGCAGCACAAUGGUCCGAGUGUUUGUUGAAAUGGGAAAGAAAAGAGAAGCAGUAGCUGCGUGCGAGAAGCUGACAGCUAACCCAGUAGUUGUUCAUGAUGCAAUUGACGAGAAACGUCCUUCCAGAAUCCCAUACCUUAUCGAAGCCUGUCAUCGCGAGUUGUUGUCUCUUUUGAGUGAUGAAGACCGAAAACAACUUCAGAGUUGUGAAUUUCCGUUAUCUCCAACAAAUAUUUUCAAAUUGUAUUACAUGCUUAACCAAUACACCUUGGCACUAAAAUACUACACAAACGAGACGGAAUCAGCCGACUUGAUGGAAAUGAAAAUUUCAUGCUUGCGCUUAGCUGGAAAUGAAUUAGUACAAAUGAAUAGAGGAAAUGAAUCACAUUCAUACUUCACACAAUUUCUUGCAAUGCUUCAAACUAAAGAGGGAUUUCUGGACAAGCCCUUUCAUACCCAGUGUGCAACCCUUGCAGGAUAUUUUUUUGCAAAUCAAUAUUACAUUUUCCGCUCGUUGGGAGAGAUAAUGGAAUGCGAAAGAGGGAAUCUCGAUGGUGCAAGUCAGUGUUAUGAACGAUGCCUUGAGCUGGAUAAAGAUUUGACCCUUGACCUUUUUCGAUCAAAAGCGUUAACAGUUGACAAAGAGAACAAAGAUUCCUGCAACCGACAGAUGAGCCUUGCUCUUAAUUUGUUGCAGAAACUGCUUCCGACGACUGGCGAAUUGACACCAUUUAGAGAAUGCUGGUUUGGGUCAUGUUUGCUGAAAUUGGAACGUUAUCAUGAAGCUGUUGAACAUUUUGAAAAUAUUAUUAAAAGAGAAGAUGACGAACCUGCUGUCUCAGUUAUAGACUAUACCGACGUAGACAAGCCGUUGUUCGACGUUUACCUUCAUCGUGAAGUUGAAGUUAGAGGCAGUAUUGCCAUCCCAGUGAAAGUCCACGCUUUCUACGCGUUAAUUUUAACGUAUAUGAAAUUGAACGAAGUGGGAAAAGCCCAAGAAGUUGCGCUUCGAUUGGAACAUUAUGUUGAACUUUUUCAAUUUACUCCAGAGUAUUCUCUGUUUCUGUCUACUGUAGGAUAUGCGAACAAAGUUAUUGGAAACAAAGAAAAAGCCGCGGAGAUAUUUGUUUCUGUAUUGGAAAUCAACCCGGGACAUUUACCGGUCACAGAAGCAUUGGAAAGCCUUUGUGUGUAA